GUGCAAAGUACUGACAAAUCGUCGGACAACAUUUAUUCCGGUAAUCGAGGAGCUACAACUACUAGGAGGUAUUCAGUCACUCAGAGCAUAUCUCGGCGCCAACUUUCGACAAACACAACUAGAGUCGUCACUUCAGAAUCAAUCAAAAUUGGCGCUAUUGAAUACACAUUACCAUUGAAGCAUGGAGCCACCAUCCUAUCAGUUCGUGAAGGUAGAGCUAUUAGCAGCCGGCCACGUCGCGAUCAUAAAACUCAACCGUCCAAACUCCGGAAAUUCCUGCCAUCCAACACUGGUAUCAGAAUGGUCAUCUGCGCUUGAAUGGAUCGAGCAGCAACCAGACAUUCGCGUCGUCAUCCAAACAGGCGAGGGAAAAUUCUACUGUACAGGCAUGGAGCUCGUAGACUCUGGACCAGUGCCAGCUUUGCCGUUCGCACGCGGUUCCGUCUUCGACUCCCUCUGCAGGACGCUCAUCUGUACCGAGAAGAUCCUGAUUGCAGCGGUGAAUGGUCCGGCAGCGGGAUUUGGCGUGAGCAGUCUCGGGCUAUUCGAUCUUGUUUACUCGGUUCCGGAUGCAUAUUUCUUCACGCCUUUCGUCAAGUGGGGGAUGACGACCGAGGGCGCAUCGAGCUACUCUUUCACAAAGCUCAUGGGCCACCAGAAAGCUGCUCUUCUUUUCCUUGCGGGCGAUCGCGUUUCGGCGGAGGAGGCUGAGCGAUUAGGUCUUGUCAGCAAGAUACUGCCUGGAGCUGGUUUCUUGGAUCAUGUUCAGGCGAUUGCAAGAAGGAUUUCACAAUCUCCACCAGGGGCGUUAAGGGCUACGAAAAGGUUGAUGAAACACCAGCAUCGUGAGGAGCUUUUGGCUGCGCAUGAGCGUGAAUGCGAUGUUAUGCAGAAUGAAAGAUACGGGUCGGAGGAAUCGCGACAAGCCCUGAAGCAGUUCCAGAUAGAGAAAGAACAGAAGCGAAAGCUGAAAAGUAAUUUGUAGGCAUCGAAGUAUACAUGAUAGCUAGAAUGAUAUUGAAACGUUUCUUUUA